AUUGAACAUGACAGCUAUACUAGGUGGUGGUAUAUCAGGUUUAUCAGCUGCAUAUUAUGCUCUUGAAAAUCCAAAACUGGCUCCACCAGUUAUAUUAGAAGUUUCAAAUCGUGUAGGUGGUUGGAUACGUUCUGUAAAACAACCUGAUGGAACAAUCUUUGAAACAGGUCCACGAGUUAUUAGAGCUAACUCACAUGAUUUAUUGAAAUUAAUAGAAGAAUUGAAAUUAUCAUCUAAAGUCAUUCCAAUUAAAGCUGAACAUCCUGCUGCUAAAAACCGAUAUAUUUAUGCAGACAAUGUAUUGCAUUGUUUACCUAAUUCCCUAAAAGGAAUUAUAACAAAAAAUACGCUGUUAAAUCAUUCUUUAGCUAGGCUUCUGUGGAAUGAUUUUAAAGCAGCAAAAGUUCUUAAAGAUGACGAAAGCAUAUAUAAUUUCGUAGAAAGGAGAUUUGGCAAAGAUGUAUCUGAAAAGAUGGUUGCACCAAUAUUAUGUGGAAUUUGUGGUGGUGACAUACAUCAAUUAAGUGCAAAAUCUUUUAUGACAAAUAUAUUUGAAACAGAACAAAAAUAUGGUUCUGUAUUUAUGGGUCUUGUACAGAAAAAAUUUUCAGAUAUAUUAAAUAAAAAAGAAAAAAAAGAAGUUACAUUGGAAAACACAAAUGAGACUCAAAAAUUAGUAAAAUCAAAUAACAUAUCUUCACUUUUAGUACAGAAAGCUAAAAGAGAAUUAUGGAGUACAUGGGGACUAGAAGGAGGUUUUGAACAAUUGCCUCAAACACUGGCUGAAAAUAUUACUAAACGUGGAGUGAAUAUAAAAAUGAAACAUAACUGUGAACAAAUAAUAUUUAACGAAGAUUGUGUAGAAUUAAUUGUAAAUGGAAAAGUUGAAAAAUAUUCUCAUAUCAUAUCAAGUUUACCUGCUAAAAAUUUAGCUAAUUUAAUUCAAAAGCAACACCCAGAACUAUCUAAAGAAUUAUAUAGUAUACCUACAGUAACGAUAGCUGUAGUUAAUCUCCAGUUUUCUGAAAAUGUUUUACCAAUAAAUGCCUUUGGGGUUCUCAUUCCACCAAAAGAAGAAAUUCCAAUUUUGGGUAUAAUAUUUGAUUCAUGUGCCCUUCCUCAAAAUUCCAAAAUGACAGUACUGACAGUAAUGAUGGGUGGGGCAUGGUUUGAAAAAUACUUUGGUAGAUGCUCAUCUGAAGAACAUUUAAAAAUGGUAGCAGUUAAAUAUGCAAACAAACUUUUAUGCAUUAAUGAAGAUCCCAAGGCAUGUAAUGUUUCCAUUCUGAAAGAUUGUAUUCCACAAUAUAUAAUAGGUCACGCACAACGCUUAACUCGCAUCCACGAUUACAUCUCCACGCAUAAAAUACCUUUAGCAUUGUGUGGCUCUUCAUAUCACGGUGUAGGAGUCUCUCAUGUUAUUCUGUCAGCAAAAGAAGCUGUUUCUAGUAUCAAUCAGUGUAUGAUAUAGCUUUGUGAAAUUUAAUUAAUCAAUUUUCUUUGUUUUAAGAAUGAAACAAUAUAUAUACAUGCAAGAAAUUAAGCCAAAAUAAUUUUUUAAAAACUAAACUGUAAUUUAACUUGAACUAAAAACAUGCAUUGUUCAUGCUGCUUAAUGAAAAUAAACAGAGCAAUUUACACAAUAAAAUAGAAAUAAUACAAAAAUUAAGAGAGAUAUCAUAAUAUAAAAAUUGAAGAAUGAAUGAAAGUAUAAAAAGUAAAUAGGACAUAAAAUAAUUAUUCCAAACCAGCAUUUUAUUAUACUAGAGCUGUGAAAAGAUUUUAUAGCUAUUAAAAUAAAACAUAGGUAUAAAAUAUUUUUUAUUAUAAAAGUGUAAAAUAUAUAUAUAUUGUGCAUGAAAUAAAAUAUAGAACAUUUAGUACAGA